AUGCUGUCCUACAUGAUGGCGCUCAUCUUCUGGGUCAACUCCACCGCGCUUGCCCACGGCGCGUGGAUGCGCAGGCACUCUGACGCGCCUGGGGCGUUAGUGGAAGUGAUCGACGUGCACCCCGAUGAAUUUUACGAGCACAUGCUGCAAGGGUGGGCCCGAGGGUAUCCAAACGGUUUCGUGGAAGUGGGCAUCGUCACAGCAAACGGUUUCGCGGGGUGCUUCGGCCAACAGAACGCGACUGGAUUCUUGGAGCAGGAGGAGUUUGUCGAGGAACCGGAAGACGCCGACGAGGUGCCUGAACCCGUGCCAGUUCUGGCUGCUGCGCGCGAAGAGACCGACGAGGUGCCCGAGCCCGUGCCGGUUCAUUCGCCCGCUACGCCGGAACGACUCUGGCACAGGAAAGGAUGGACCGAACACGCCCGCUUAUCCUGCCCUGACACGACGAAGUUGCGGGAGGCUGCAGCCAAGGCCGCCGACCAGCUCCACGGAUGUCGACUGGGACACUUGCGCAACACAACGGCCGAGGGGCGCAAAGCCGUGGAUGCACCUUGCAAAAACUGCGCAGGGUGCACCCGCCAGCGGUGCUUCUCCUUCCUUCCACCCCGCGGGACUGGCCGCCUAGUGCUCGUCGUCGAGAAGAAAGGGGAGUGCUGCCCAACGUCCCCGUCGAACGCCCGCAUCCUCGACCGCGCCAAGGAGUACGCCCAGAGAAUGUCUCCCGUGAAGGCGCGCGACCAGAUGGAACGAGACAAGGUCCCGCUGAAGGAGAGACCAGAUCUCAAGCAGUUGCAGAACGCCAGGACGCGCAAGCCCGAGGAACCCAGAAUCCCCGUGGUUGCCGGCAGGGUGACAGUGCGCUGGAACGCUUGCAUCGGGGAGAUGAAGGACUGGUUGAAGAAGGAUCACAACCCGAUCUUCCUGUUGAACAUGGUCGACACAAAGACAGGUCAGCAGACGCCAGUUGUGACCGAAAAGAACUUGCGCAUCCCCUUCACCCACGGAGUCUCCGAGGCGUUGCUUGCCGAGCACAGGUUGGAGUGGCUCUUGAUGGAUUGGACGUGGAAGACGAACUACCACGGGAUGCUCGUGGGUGCCGUUGGCCCCGUGGGCCUCCACGUGGACGAAGCAACUGGCCUCCCGACUAUGCGCUUCCUGCCGGUGGUGUUCAUGGCCUCGGAGACCGAGGACGACGAGGCUUCCGAGCUUCUCUUGCAGGCUUACUUCGAGAUCGCUGACCGCCUUGGCAUCAGCACGACGCACGCCGUCAUGGACUGCCGGUGCAUGGGCGCGGCCGCCCCCUUGUGCGAAGCUCGUGGCAUCCGACUGCGCAGGUGCCUGCAGCGCGUGAAGGGGAACGUCGCUGACGAGGGCAAGAAGAUGUUGGACAAGGGGAGCGGCGUGAAGCGGAUGAAGAACACGGCCCUCAUACAUCCCAUCAAGAACUUCAUGGAAUUCUCCGCCGGCCUCCCCGACAGCGGCGCCGGGGGCGAGGGUGAGAGUGACUUGGAGUUCAACGUGCUGUGGACGGAGAUAUUCGAUCGGAUGAGGGAGGACGGGGAAGAGUCGUUUCAAUGGGGCGAGUCGGCAAUGGCGGACUACCUCCUGACGAACAUCUUUACAGUGCGUCCAGACGGAACGAUCACCGCGCCCUGGCGCUGCGGGCUCGGGCAGGCCCCCCCUGGCCUUACGACGUACGCGACGUCUACAAUUGAAAGAUCUUGGCGGACUCUCAAAGGCGCUUGCUGCGCGGGGGGCCCGAAGUCACUCCCAGAGCUGAUCGACGGAAUCGGCGCCAUGAUGACGUCGAGGAAGGACACUGGCUUCUGGAA